GAAGGUCUUCGAUUAGAUGAUCGCCGAUUCAACCAAGUCUGUACGCAUAUCUCUUCCUCUGUUUGGUUAUGUACUUAUUUCCGCUUAUUGUAUUAUCUUCUGUUCUUUCUUUUGAAUCGAUUUCGUAUCUGUUUUCAAGAUGCGAAGCUGUUCGCAUCAAACCCUAGAAACGAGGAUGAGGCCGAUCUUGAUGAAGGGACACGAACGUCCAUUGACAUUCCUCAGGUACAACAGAGAUGGCGAUCUGCUUUUCUCCUGCGCCAAGGACCACACUCCCACCCUCUGGCUUGCCCAUAACGGCGAGCGCCUUGGAACUUACCGUGGCCACAAUGGUGCUGUUUGGUGCUGUGAUGUCUCCCGAGACUCGUCAAGAUUGGUCACUGGUAGUGCUGAUCAAACUGCAAAGCUCUGGGAUGUAAAAUCUGGAAAACAAUUAUUCACAUUCAAUUUUGGUUCUUCGGCGAGGUCUGUGGAUUUCUCUGUUGGAGAUCAUCUUGCAGUGAUUACCACUGAUCACUUCAUGGGAGUUUCCUCUGCUAUUCAUGUGAAACGCAUUGCGGAAGAUCCCCAAGACCAGGUUGGUGAUUCUGUGCUUGUCCUUCAAAGUCCUGACGGAAAGAAGAAGAUCAAUAGAGCUGUUUGGGGUCCUCUGAACCAAACUAUUGUUAGUGGUGGUGAAGAUACUGUUAUCAGAAUCUGGGAUACCGAGACCGGAAAAUUGCUCAAGCAAUCAGAUGAGGAAGUCGGUCACAAGGAGGCCAUUACAUCGCUCUGCAAAGCAGCUGAUGACUCUCACUUCCUUACAGGUUCACAUGACAAAACUGCAAAGCUUUGGGAUAUGAGAACGCUGACUCUUAUUAAGAGUUAUACCACAGUGGUGCCUGUAAAUGCUGUUGCCAUGUCUCCACUUCUCAACCAUGUUGUGCUUGGAGGUGGUCAAGAUGCAUCAGCUGUGACUACCACUGAUCAUCGUGCUGGGAAGUUUGAAGCUAAGUUUUACGACACGAUUCUGGAAGAGGAAAUAGGUGGUGUGAAAGGUCAUUUUGGACCUAUAAAUGCGUUGGCAUUCAAUCCUGAUGGGAAGAGUUUCUCUAGUGGAGGUGAAGACGGCUACUCGAAGCUCUUCGCUUCAAACCCUAGGAAAUUGAAGAUGAGGCCGAUCUUGAUGAAGGGACAUGAACGUCCAUUAACGUUCCUGAGGUACAACAAAGAUGGCGAUCUACUUUUCUCCUGCGCCAAGGAUCACACUCCCACCCUCUGGUUUGCCGAUAACGGCGAGCGCCUUGGCACAUACCGUGGCCACAACGGUGCUGUUUGGUGCUGUGAUGUCUCCCGAGACUCGUCAAGAUUGAUCACUGGUAGUGCUGAUCAGACUGCAAAGCUGUGGGAUGUGCAAUCUGGAAAAGAAUUGUUCACAUUCAAGUUUGGUUCCCCUACGAGGUCUGUGGAUUUCGCUGUUGGAGAUCAUCUUGCAGUGAUUACCACUGAUAACUUCAUGGACCGUAUGGCUGCUAUUCAUGUGAAGCGUAUUGCGGAAGAUCCUGAAGACCAGGUUAGUGAUUCUGUGCUUGUCCUUCAAUGCCCUGACGGAAAGAAGAGGAUCAAUAGAGCUGUUUGGGGUCCCCUGAACCAAACUAUUGUUAGUGCUGGUGAAGAUACUGUUAUCAGAAUCUGGGAUACUGAGACUGGAAAAUUGCUCAAUGAAACAAAUGAGGAAGUGGGUCACAAGAAGGCCAUUACAUCGCUCUGUAAAGCAGCUGAUGAUUCUCACUUCCUUACAGGUUCACAUGACAAAACUGCAAAGCUUUGGGACAUGAGAACGCUGACUCUUAUUAAGACUUACACCACUGGGGUGCCCGUAAAUGCUGUCGCCAUGUCUCCCCUUCUCAACCAUGUUGUCCUUGGAGGUGGUCAAGAUGCAUCAGCUGUGACUACCACUGAUCAUCGUGCUGGAAAGUUUGAAGCUAAGUUUUACGACAAGAUUCUGCAAGAGGAAAUUGGUGGUGUGAAAGGUCAUUUUGGACCUAUUAAUGCUUUGGCAUUCAAUCCUGAUGGGAAGAGUUUCUCCAGUGGAGGUGAAGACGGUUACGUGAGGCUGCAUCAUUUUGACUCCGACUACUUCAACAUCAAGAUUUAGAUUCCGACUACUUCAACAUCAAGAUUUAGAUUCUUUGAAAAAGUCUCCCAUUCCGGAUUUUGUUUUCUCGCUCUUUUAACAUUUUCAUGUUUUUAUGUACUACCAAUACCAAUACCAAUACUUUGAUGAUAAAGCUUUUGAAUUUUGGCAGAAUCAAGUUUUCAUUUCCAG